UAACAGGCGUUGAAGAACAGCUUGGCCGUAAUUAUUUGUUAAAUCAGGGAACAAAUAAAAACCGAAGAAAAACAAGAUUGUUUGUAGUCGACAUGCUUCCAAAGUUCCCUGCCCCCCUCCUUCACCAACUUUAUCUAUCACACCGGGAGGUCGCGACACUUAGAUCAAACAUUGACGCGCACAGCCGAAAGAAGUCGUCACGGACAACUAGAAGAACAUGGAUGAGCUCGUGUUCCUGAGGAUCUUCAUCCUGGUCGCGGUCGGCGUAGACGCUGUCCCCCAGGAGCGACUCAUUCUCAGCGCCCUGGGCCUCGCCGAGCGGCCGGCCACCGCCGAGGGCAUCUCCGGGCAAAGAUCACGGGGGAAAGAGAUUCCACCGGCCCUCUUGAAGAGGUUCCGGAAGACGGAGAGCGAUCAGACCAACGAGGGCGAGCCGUGCACGAUUGCGGAGUACGGCGUCCGGGGAAACAUUAUCAGAUACGUGCAGGAUCAAGGUGGUGUAGUUCUGGGUUCUGGCGUGGCGUGCCCAGGCUGUUUGGAACAGCAUCUCUUUUUCAAUCUAGCAGUCCUGGAGUCAUUGGAAGUCUUAUCUCUGGCUCAGCUGCACAUCAACUUCAUCUGGAGAUUUUGGCCUAAGGGCCCUGGGAGGGCAGCGACCUUCCUACGAAGCAGUCCCACCUUCAGUGCUAUUCUGUACAAAGUAGUCCGGCCCACAUUGAAAGGUGCCGACCCUCGGGCCAACCGCCGCCUUCUCCUGUCCCAGUCGGUCAGGCCGGGCCCGGGAGAUGCGUCCGUCACCUUGGAUAUCACCUCGCUGGCCGAGUCCUGGCGCCAAUCGACCCGCAAUUAUGGUUUGAUUCUGGAACUGCGGCCUAUGGACGCCGACCCGGACCGGUCGUGCGCGCUGCCAUCUGCGCGGGCCUCCCUGGUGGCAGUCUCGCUUCACCCGCAACAGUGCCGUUCCCGGCAGCGGAGGAGUACUGCCCACGUCAUGCCCCCGAUGUCGCCCAGCAACAUCUGCAAGGCCCGCCGCCUCUACGUGGACUUCAAAGACGUUGGCUGGCAGGACUGGAUCAUUGCACCUCAAGGCUACAUGGCAAACUACUGCCACGGCGAGUGCCCCUUUCCACUCAGCGACAGCUUGAACAGCACCAACCACGCCAUCUUGCAGACUCUGGUCCACUCGCUGGACCCGGGGACCACCCCUCAGCCCUGCUGCGUACCUGUCCGCUUCUCGCCCAUCUCCAUGCUCUAUUACGACAACAAUGACAACGUCGUGCUACGACACUACCAGGACAUGGUGGUGGACGAGUGCGGCUGCAGAUGACUGAAGCCCUAUAGUUUCUUGGAGUAGCUAGAGCCCCACCAUUUUUUUUAACUACCCAUUUUUUGUGUGUGUGUUUUUUUUUAAUAAUGCCAAUAAA